AUGCAUAGAAACAGGUUGGAGUGUUUCCUCACAUAUAGUAAUCAAACUAGCUUGAAUGAAGCUUUGACAAAAAAGAACAGUCAUUGGUUAACUAAUUUGCCAAAUCACAAACUUCUCAAAUGUUUGCAACACCAAAAAAGGAAUUUAAGUCAAGAUACUAGUACCAGGAAGUCUUUUCCUUCAGUUGAAAAAAUCAGAGAGUGGGCACCUGCACAAAUUGUUAGUUUUUUAGAGUCUGGAGAUGACUUAUACCUUACUAACAAUGACAUUGAAAUGAUCAAGAAAAGUGGAAUUGCUGGUGAAGAUUUUGUUCUCUUGAAAGAAGAAGAUCUCUAUUGUAUUGGAUUAUCUCUUGGUCCAGCCAAAAGAAGAGAACAGUUGGUUAAAAAAAUUUUAAGAACACCUUUAAUAGAUAGGCCACCUACUAAGCUUGUACACAUAUUCAUUGAUAACUCAAACAUCUGGACUGAAGGAAAGUACACCAUUGGCAACCUUGAGCGGUUAGGUACCUUUGAUUAUGAUAGAAGUUCCUAUUAUUUUAAACAUCUCCAGAUUGAUUAUGGUAGACUUCUCACUACAGUUCAGCAUGGACAUAAACUAGGUGGUGCGCCAUUCUUGAUUGGUUCUCAACCACCUCCUAAUGACUCAUUGUGGUUAUGCACUAAGGAUCAAGGAUUUGAGAUGAAUGUGUUUGAUCAGGACAUCAAAAGCCACCAUGAGAAGGAGGCUCAUAUAGAGCUUGCAAUGGCAGCAAUAGAAACAAUUAUCCUGACAUGGUUUUGGAAUUUAGGAAUGCCUAUUAGCCUUAAGUCCGAUACAAAUUUUUAUCCUCUGGAUAAUUGUUAUAAAUCCUUCUCAUAUGGAUUAGGAUCUGACUUCACUAUGAAGAGCAAAGUCCUUAAAAUUACUGAUGGCAACUUUAUUCGAGGUUUGAGAAAUGAAGAUGUGCUGGAAUGGUUUAUUACUUUAAAAUUGUUUGGUUGGUGGGAAUGGGAUGAUGAUAGGGCCAUGCAAUUUCACUUUAAUAAUUCAGAAUGCUUGGAGAUGGGAAGAAAUUCGCAGAUCUAUUAUGAUACAAUUUCUGGAACGCCAAAUUCAGUAAAAGAAAAGACCACAAAAAAUUAUA